GUCGCAUACCCAAUCAGGACGGUCUCUCGCUUUUACAGUUUUGCCGAUUAUGUGCGUUGCGCUCUAUGCGGGCCAGAUGACAGAUUGAACAGAAGUGGACUCAUGCGAUGUUCUCGGGUGCAAUUGAAGACGGAUUCAGGGUCCCCUGCGCAGUGCAUAUAAGGACACCCCGGCCCCGACUUCCAUCCAAAACAACCUUUGCCACAACCACCAUGUACACACGCACCGCAUUUUCUACCAUCCCCGGCUACGUCGCCUCGGGUUCUGCUCCCACUCGCGUCCCUUCCCACCGCCGCCGAGCGCCGAGUUCUGUCAAGUCUAUUCUGAAGACUCGGCCCCGACGGGACUCGGUCGCAUCCGAUAUCUCGGACAUAUCCACUCUCUGCGGUGACGAGGAGGAUGAGGAGAACCUUAAAGGUGCGAUCAGCUUCUGUCAAGAUGUCGUUGUAUGCACCAUCGAUGCAAGGGCACCACACCCGAGCCGAUGGACUCUGCUGCUCGACACACUCAGCCUGCAGAGCCAUAAAUUCCCGCUCUUGCACAAGGGUCCAAGGGAAACCCUGCCGCUGAAAAAGUCCGUUGUCGCUGCUCCAGCCGACACGGAAGACUCCAAUGAGGACGAAAUGUCUCAGUAGGGUGUCGACAAGCGUUCAGCCGAUGAAGUGCAAUCGCACCAGCCUCGCUGAAUUGUAAAAAACUGCCCUCGUUGGUGCUGUAUCAAAAAGGAGUCGGCCGAUGUCGUGCCAUGCCUCCGAUGUACAUGUAUUAUCACCCAUGUCUCGCUGUUCUAGUUACCUUCUCGGAUCAGAAAUUGUUCCACCAACAAAAUGAACGGUCGCAGUCCAAAUUCUGAUCAAUUUUAUUACAUAAAAGUAUCCGUGCUCUCCACGAAUCAUGAGACCUGAAUAAUAGUUGUUGUCAACAUAGGUUCUUACAGACCCACAACCCUCAGGCUAAUCUUAUCAACUUGAUGUGAUCAAAUCAAUGAUGUGAUUGCCGCUCACCCGCUACUAAGUAGCCUCGAGAGAAGCAGCCAUCUCACCCAACGUCUCGAACCGUCUCUUCCACUUCGGCGCUUCCCCGGAAGUCUCGAGCCCCAUGACGGCGCCCUGGCGGUCAAUCCAGACGGCACUGAUGCCCAUCCGGCUCGAAGGAUCGACAUCAUGGAACAAGCUUUGUGCGACGACGAGCACCUGAGAUCCAUCGACGCCAAACUCACUGCGGAUGGCGUCCAAGGCGCAGCUCAUACUGCUAGGAUCGGGUUUAUAGGCCCCGGUGUCUUGCGCGGUGAGGAUGAGCGAGAAGGGUGACUUGCACCCCGAGAUGCUUUUCGGCAGCCAGUUUUGACCGGGCGCGGCGCCGCGCACGUAAGCCGACUGAUUGGCAGUGUCCUGAGAGAGUUUGGCAUGCGUGGCUGCAAAGGAGUUAUGGUCCACGUUGGACAGGAUCGUGAGUUUGUAGUGCUGCUCCAAGACGCGCAGGGCUUCGCAAGUGUCUGGAAAGACGGGCCAGUCCUUGAUCGACUGUCCAAAUGCAGCAUGCUCCUCCUCUGGAAUGGACACUGGUAUCUCCCCUGCGUGCGUUUCUUGUAGCGUGCGGGUCAGAACGCGAUGUGCCUGGGAGAGGAGAUCACGGUAGAGGAUCGAGGGAUCGCUCGCUUGCAAGUCUUUCUCGAUCUCGGUGAAUGCCAAGAGGGCUUCUUUCCGAGACCAUGUCGCUGAGGAGGGGAACCGGGCCAGCAGAGGUUGAAGGCCGGUAUAUAUGCCCGACUCCCAGUCCUAGUAGAAACGGGGUUUGAGAGCGCGAUCAAACGAAAGGACCACUACUUGGCAAGCAGAGACUUACGACCAAUGUUCCAUAGCAGUCGAAUAUAAUCGCUUUGAAGGGCGAUAGAUCGAAGUCGGUCAUGGUUACUAGUGGUCCUCCAGGUUCAGCGCGUGAGAAGCAGGCUGCGCGCUUCGUCCUGACGCCGAAAUGACAGAAUCGAGCGUGAUCUUAUCUUAUCUCGAUGACAGCGGCCCGGCUGAUGCGUGCAUCUAAUUCUUACUGGUACUACUUACCUUCAUCCACACGAAUCACUACCAUUGAACAAGCAGACGACAACAAAUUCGCAGAGUCUGGGCUCCCGCAUGUGGCUGACUGAGAGGUCCAUGAAUGCGGUACUUGUGUGAGACUUUUUUCUGAAACUGCCAAGCCCACUUGACCACCCCACCACGCGAGUUGUUGAGGGAAGAAGAGACGUGCAGUCCAAUUGCGUGGCUGCAUGGUUGUCAGUCCAGCCCAGGUGUGCGACUCGCAUCACCAGGCCGACCUUGGCUCGCGUUUGAGCGGCCUUGCCUUGAUCCUCCUUGAGGUGAUCUGUGGCAACACUGAUUGAUUGACAUACUAUCACGACGAUGGAAGAUCUCCUGUCCUGGGGUGGUAUUUAAUCGACUCUUCUGUACAGAUAAUGUCAACGGCUUUCUUUCUUCCCGUCCAGCUACUGUUGACCAGUUUUCCCUUCCUUCUCCGCCACCUCUUUUUUGACAAUGCGUUCCUCCUUCGUUCUUUCAUUCGCUGCUCUCGCCUCGGUCAACGCUCUGCCGCGCGGAUACGCACCCCCCGCUGAACGGUCUUCGAUUAACGCACUUGACGAUGUUCUUGUCUUUGAUGCCCCGGCCUUCGAUGACCCAGCCAACCCCGGAAACACACUCGUUCAGCUGCAAGCCUACGCGUCGACGCGCGAGGUCAGCAUCUCUCCGCUCAUCGAUGGCGUCACGAGCGCCCUGAAGGCGAUCGGGCUCAACGUCAGCUCGAGCACGGCGGACACCGUCACGGGCCGGCUCGCGCUGUUUGCCACGCUCGGGCUUUCGGGCAAAGCGGUGACUGUCAACGUAGACGGAUGUGCGCAGCCGGCGACGCUUCCCUCGACGGCUUCGGGGGGAAUGGCGAUCCAGAAUGUCUCCGUCGGAGCGUGUGCGAGCGGAGACGCCGCUGUGCAGGGUGAUGUCAAGCUCAGCGGAUUCUUGAACAACCGGAACGUGAACUUUACCAUGUUCCCGUCGUCGAACAGCGGAUUUGGUGUCAUCUCUGACAUCGACGACACGGUCAAGGUCUCGCACACGCUCGACAAGCUGCAACUUGCGCAAACGACGCUGAUCGACACGCCGGUGCCUGUGACGGGCAUGCCCGAGCUCUACGCGUCACUCGCCAAGUCGCUCAACUCCCCUCAAUUCGUCUACGUCUCUGGCUCGCCGUUCCAGCUGUACCCAUUCCUGCGGGACUUCAUCUCGACGACGUACUCUGCUUCCAACGGACCGAUCAUGCUGCAGAACCUGACGACGACGAACAUCCAGGACAUCAUCAACUUUGCUCAGAGCAACGGAAUCUUUGAGUACAAGUCUGCCAUGAUCGACCGUAUCCAGGGAAUGUACCCGGGCAAGAAGUUCUUGACCAUCGGAGACUCGACGCAGAAGGAUCCCGAGACCUACGCCGAGGCCAUCCGCAAAUACGGAGACUUCAUUGCCUGCGCCUGGAUUCGACAAGUCGAUGGCGCAAACAACACGGCUGAGCGAUUCGCUGCCGCCUUCGAGGGCGUCCCGGUCUCCAAGUUCAAGAUCUUCACGGACGAUGAGAUCCCUUCACUCGCGAACAUUGACGUCGCGGGCGGAUCCUGCUCAUAAGCAGCUCGGGGGAACGACACACUUGAAUAAAUCGCUACAUACACCAAGUGUCCUGCAAAUACAUAGUAAUGAACGCAUUGUCGGUGGCUGAAGCGCUGGAAACCCCCCAAAAAAGAAAGAAGUCGAUGAUUUGAUGUGCACAAAUAUACAUGCAGCCUUCACACCCAAAUCGCAUACCCAAACCGGAUCCGUCUCAACCUAGUCUCCUCGUCACUGUGCCUCUCAAAGCGAGCCUUGCCAUCCCAUUCGAUUGCAACGCCUGUCUUUCUCAAAGCAGACAAUCUUGCCGCCACAUUCGUGCAAAACGUCAACGAGAUUUUGGUGAUUGGCCGCUGACGGCUGCGUAGCAUGCGAAUGAGAGUGUCGAAGACGCCGGGAGUCUCGAAUGAAGUGUUGACCAGGCCCAAUGUAGAGAGGGCAGGGAAAAUUGUCGGGUCCUCCUCUAUCAAAUUGAGCAGACACAGCACCAAAUCGUAUCGUAUUCGAUACAAAUGGGUCACUGCGGGGAAGAACCGAAAAAGUCGAGGCCAAU